CUACAACAAAACCUACAACUCAUACUACCCAAACUACAACUAAACUAACAACUCAUACAACCCAAACUACAACUAAACCAACAACUCAUACUACCCAAACUACAACUAAACCAACAACUCAUACAACUCAAACUACAACAAAGCCUACAACUCAUACAACCCAAACUACAACUAAACCAACAACUCAUACUACCCAAACUACAACAAAACCAACAACACACACUACUGAAACAACAACAAAAUCAACAACUCAUAAUACCAAAGCUAUAACAAGUUCUACAACCCACUCAACUUCCACAUCUAUGGAAUCCUCCACUUCAUCUUCUUCAGAUGAUACCUUAUCUCAAGGUCAAAUUGCAGGCAUUGUUAGUGGUGCUGUUGCCGGUGGUGCGUUAGGUGGUGCUCUAUUAACUGCUGGUGGCUUUUUGGCUGCAAAUUCCCAAAAUUCUUCUAACAAUCGAAAAUUUCUACGUGGAUCUAUGGUAUAUGCCAUAUAG